AUGUCAUUAAACAAAGUUAUUGUUAUUAUUGAUGCUGGUUUAGUUCGUCAUAUAUCAAAUAAUGCUAAAAAUGAUUAUUGUUCAACAUUUGUUAUUUCAACUGAUAUAAAUAAUGUUGGUUUGGGUAUAUCACGAUCAAUAUUUGAUUUAACUGAUGAUGAUAUUGAUAUAAUGAUUCGUUUUAAUGUUAAAACAGCAUUAUAUGGAAUACAAAUAGUUAUACCAUAUUUUCGUCAACAAGGUUAUGGUCAUUUAAUAAAUAUAUCAUCUAUUCUUGGACAAAUAUCUUAUACAACAUUUCGUUCAAUGUAUAGUGCAUCAAAGGCUGCUCUUAAUUCAUUAAUAACAAAUCUUCGUAUGGAAUUACAAACGGAUCCGUGUUGUGAAAAAAUUCAUGUAACAACAAUUCUAUCUGGUAUGGUAAAAACUAAUUUUGCAAUAAAUGUAGUUGGUAAUUGUGCACCGAAAUCAUUAAUUGAUUAUAAAAUUCCAUUUAUUGGACCUUUUCCUCGAACUUCUCAAAGUAUUGAUGAUGUUUGUAAAAUUAUUUGUAAUGUAAUUAAUGAUGAAAAUCAACCAAGAGAAGUUUAUACAAACCCAGAACAUGAACCAUUGAUUAAACAAUAUUUUGAAAAUGUGGGCAAUUUUGAAAUUCUUCUUAAACCAUCAACUUAA